CCCGUCUGCUUACGUCAUCACGUGCGGCGGUCGAGAGUGGUCCCCUUCGUGGCUCGUCUGUUUCCUGACCAGUGCUGACUCCCCCCCUCAGAUGAUGGAUAUGCUCCGCAACCAGAAUAUGCGCAUGGGGACGGUGCAGCAGCCCCACGCGAUGGGCCAGAAGCCAAUGCCCAUGCCCUUCGCGUCGCAGGGAAACCAGUUUCGCACCGACAGUCAACAGGGCCCGGCACCCGGGUUCAAUGCCCAGGGCCUCCCGCUCAACAGCAACGUAGCGGCUCUCGCGCAACGCGAUCCUGCGGCUAUGCGCGCGUUUAUGGCGCGCCAGUCGCAGCAACGACAACUGCAGCUCAUGAACGCCGCCCAGAACCAGCAGCCGCAGAAUGGUACGAACCUCGCCCUGCUACGACAGAUGCAGCAGCAACAGCAGCACCAGCAGCAAACCUUGGUCCGUCAGCAAAUGCAGCAGUUCCAGCAGCAGCAGCCGCAUCAACAGUCGCCGCCACUCCAACAAUCCGCGCAGCCGUCUCACCAGAACUUGGCCGUGGGUAUGAACCAGAUGCAGCCCCAGAUCGCUCAGCAGACGUUUCCUCAGAACAUGAUGCAACCGCAGCAGCAAUCGGGCAUGGGCCAGCAGAACGUCAUGCAGAACGGUCUGCAGGCGCAUCCGAACGCGCAGUCACCACACAUGGUGAUGAACCAGACGAUGAAUCCGUCUCCACAGCAGUUGCAAUCUCAGGGCCAGCUGAAGCCUGGGAUGCAGCUACAGGCGUUGAAGGCGCGGGUCAUGGAGAGCAUCAUGCAGCGCAAGGCAGCGCUCACCCGCGAUAUGCACGAACUCAAGUCGCGGCUCCAGCAGGAGUCUACGGGCGACAUCCAACACCAACAGACCAAGGAGAAGCUCAUGGAGGAGUUCAGGACGAAGGUGGCAAUGUUGAAGAGCCAGGACAUCGACAUGGGCCGCUUCCAGCAAAUGUCUGACCAGGACUUCGGUACAUGGGUGGCGACCCAGCGUAACACUAGUCGGAGACCAGACGCUGCGCAACACCCCACGCCGUUCCAGCAGAUGGGUGGUCAGCAAGUCGGUUCGUCCCAGCCAUCUCAACCUUCCGCACCCAUGGUGCCCGCCGUCCCUCAACAACCGCCGAUGGCGCAGAUCAGCACACCCCAGAUGCGGCCCCAGAUGUCCCCUAGUCCGGCGAACCAGCCGGCUCGCACUGGACCGACGCCUUUCCAGCUCCCUCACGGUCCCCAGAACCCUCCUCAGGCGUCGCCGAACAUGCUUGCGGCACAGUCGCCGCUACAGCUCCCUGCCGGUGUGCGACCUCCUCAGGCGCGGCCCCUUGCGUUCCCGACUAUGGCCGCGGAUAUGUUCCACAAGGCUUUCCCUACUUUCUGCAUGCGGAACAACAUCGCCAUAGAUCAGAAUCUGUUGCAGUUUGAGGGUAGGCCUAUUGACUUGCACGCUCUGCAUACGGAGGUCCUCGGCAGCGGCGGCGCGCCUCGGAUCUUGCAGUUCGACAUGUGGCCCAUCAUCGGUGCGAAGCUAGGCUUCGUCCAGUUCCCGGGUAGCGAAUCUGAACCCGCGAAGUCGGGCCCUGGUGUCGCUCAGCACCUCCAGAACAUCUACCGCCGAUAUUUAUCACAGUUCGACGCCAUGUUCGUCGCGUCGGUGCUGAAGAUGAAGAGGCCGCUGAACGCUUCGGGCAACGCAGGGCAGCCAGGUGCUCCCAAUCAGGGGCAGCCCCCUUCUGGGAAUGCCGGAUCGCCUGCACCACCGACGAACGCGAUGCCCGGCGGCGUCCCCCCAAAUAACGCGCCUGGCAACAGCGCCACGGGUAUGCCUAGUCUCACGAUACCUCCCGGUCUCGACCCGAAGCAGAUCAACGAACUCAUGGCAUAUGCGAGUCGUCCUGCGGAGGAGCUCCGGAGAUCAGGGAUUCCGGAGCAAGUCAUCAACAUUGUCGAGCAGAACCGACACAUACUGGAGGCGAGCCUACGCUCACAGCAAGACUUCCAUGGCUCCCUUGCGAAACAAGGUCAGCCGCAGGCGAAUGGUACCAUGGGCGCCGGUCAGGGAAUGCAGCAUAGUAUGGGCCCCGGCUUCCCCCAGACGCCCCAGAUGAAUCCCGCCGCGCAAGGGUCGACGGCGAGUCCUGCGCAACAGCAGAUGGUCCCGCAGGGCCAUCCUGCGCCGAUGGGUCAGCCCCAGAACGGCGGCGCACCCAUGGCCAGGCCGAUGCCUCACCAAGUGCCCAAGCCGUUCGUCGCUGUGUCGAAUGGGGACUGGCCGACUGCGCAGGAAUACGAUCAAGCCGCCAAAUGGUUGGCGGCGACGAGGGAAUACUUUCAGCAGACUCGAGUAAUAGGCAAACAAGCCAUGCCGUUCAUCAACAUCCCCGACUCGGAGGAGAACGAGUGGCGCACCCUCUUUCAUGAGCUCCUAGAAUACCUCAACAAUAUGACUGGGAAGCUGCCGGUGCUGGUCUGUGGUGUCAGCGAUGAUUCUGCGCGGAAUAUGACAAACUCGCUCUUGACGUGUUUACAGCAAAAGCAGUUCCUGGAAAAUGGCAAACGUUUCAUGCUGUCCUUGGCGCACGUCCGCUCGAUGCGUGAUUCAUGGCGUAACUGGACGUUGAGCUACCGGAAAUACGAGCAAGCGCGGCAACAACAGCAACAACAACAGCACCAACACCAACAGCAGCAGCAGCAGCAGCAGCAGCACCAACACCAACAGCAGCAGAUGCAGCAGCAACAGCAGAUGCAGCAGCAGCAGCAGAUGCAGCAGCAGCAGCAGAUGCAGCAACAGCAACAGCAGCUGCAGCUGCAGCACAUGAACGUCCAAGGUCCUCACGCAACGCAGCCUGCCAGCCAUUUCGCUCCGAAUGGUGUUCCGCGGACUCCCCAAGUCAAGCCUGCUCCACCUGCUCUCGUCCCUCAGUCCGCUUCUCACACCGGCCAAUCUCCGGCCCAGCACCUCCUGAGUACGCCUCAGAUCAUCCCUCCGCAACUCCCGCAGAAACGACCGCACCAUUUAUCGGCUCAUUCGCCCGCCGCUGGACCUUCCAACUCUACCCCUCCCGCCUCCGCCGCCACACCCACCGCCAACGCGCCUACCCCAGUACACGUCGCGAGUUCGCCGCAAACACCGAAGUCGCCCAACCGUCCUCCGAGAAAGGCAUCCAAAGCUACUGCGAAGCGGUCGAAGUCUACUCCCAAAUCUGCAGCAUCAGCGUCAGCAUCUGCGCCCACUCCAGGCGAAGCAUCUACGUCCACAUCCACUCCGCCAUCCACGUCGGCUGCUGGACUCAUCGUCGUGCCGGUGCCUUCACCCGCUGCGCAGAAACCGCCAACGCCAGCGCCUGCCGCUGCGACGCCAACUGCGACAGGUUUGAAGCGACCACGAGAGGACGAAGGGCUGGUUAGCCUCGAGCAGCCAGUGGGCCAGUCGCCGCCUAAGAAGCCAAAGACGGAGUGGGACGGCCAUCUGAGUGAGGAGUUGGUCAAGAAGCAGGAGGACAUCGACAACAUCAAGACGGACGAGGAUGCGACGAAGUUCAUCGAGCAGAUGACUGAGAUGCUGAAGAUGUACACGGCCAACGGGGACGAACAGGAUGUCCUGAUCUCGGCUGAGAUUUCCGAUGAGCUGGAGAAGAUCCUCAAGGGGUAUCCUGGCCUCGCGGACGACCCCGAUGGCUCUGUCCUUGGUAGCUCAUCGGAUGUCGGUGACCUAGCGCAGUCGAUGCAGCUGAAGGACGAGUCCGAGCAGUUCUUCGACUGGGCGUCAUUCAUGAAGGAGGAUGAGUAUGCAUCCAAAGCGGCAACGCCGGACCUGGUACCACCGUCCUCGACGAAGACGAGUCCAGGAUCUGGCUCAGAUAACGAGGGUGCUAGCCAUAUGAUGACUUCGUCUGGCGCAGACACCGUGAGGAUCGCCGAGGUCGAGUCCUCUGACGACCCGCUGCAGUUGUCAAUUUGGGGUGCGAUUGACGGUGGUGAGGGCGCGUAUUGGGAGCCGCAAGACAGUUGGAAAUGGGGAGAGUCAAUGCAGCCAUUGGAAUCGCCGUGGGGGAUUACAUAGACGGAGUGGAUCUCGUUCUGUUUAUCUGGUUCAUUAUUUGGCUGCGUGUGCGAUAUCGUGUCUCACUGGAUAUGUUUCUCUUUGCCCGUCUCAGUCGUCGCAUCUGCUGUUGUGUCUUGAAUAUCCCGCUGUGUAUUUCUAUAUACUAGUCUACUCGCUAUCGAAUAUUGCUCCAGCUGUAGCAUCUCUUGACCUUCUCCUGGCGACGGAGCGAGACUGACAUG